CCAAAUAAUAUACAUUUUUUUAUCAUUAAUUUAAUAUUUUCUUAAUCAAUUAUCUUGUGUUUUCUUUAUCAAAUUAUUUUGUAAAAUAAUAAUUAAAAACAAAAAAACAAAAAUAGGUGACACGUGUCUUAUCCACAACUAGUAUAUAUAUAUAUAUAGAGUAUGUAUAUAUUUACACUUAUCAUCUUCAAUUUGAGUUUCUGGAAUUCUCCACUAUCAUCAAUGGCUUCCACUGUAACAAAAUCUUCAAGCUACAACAAAUACGACAUCAGAACACGAAACCCUAACCCUAGAUCCGCCGCCUUACUCGUAAUCGACGUUCAAAACUACUUCUCCUCCAUGGCCAAACCAAUCCUCCCCAACCUCCUCUCAACCAUCCGUCUAUGCCGACGCGCUUCCAUCCCCGUCAUCUUCACGCGUCACUGCCACAAAUCCCUCGACGACAAUCCCAUCCUCGCCGAGUGGUGGAACGGCGAACUAAUCUUCGACGGAACUCCCGAAGCCGAACUCAUGCCCGAUCUGGACUCCGAUCUCCGCCUCGGCGAAGAUGUCGUUUUGGAGAAGAACACGUACAGUGCUUUUCAGGGUACUGAGCUGGAGGAGAUUCUGAGGGAGCGGCGCGUGGAGGAGGUGAUCGUUGCUGGUGUUAUGACUAAUCUGUGCUGUGAGACGACGGCGCGUGACGCUUUUGUGAGAGGGUUUAGGGUUUUUUUCAGUAGGGAUGCGACGGCGACGGCGAAUGAAGAGUUGCAUGAGGCUGCUUUGAAGAAUCUUGCUUAUGGGUUUGCUUAUUUGGUUGAUUGUGAGAGACUGAAGGAGGGGCUUUUUGGGAAUUAAAUAAUUUUAUUAUUAUUAUUAUUAUUAUUAUGUGAGCUUGUAUUAUAUUGUGAAAAAUAAAUAAAUAAAAAUAAAUAUAUAGUAAGAAAUGUAAAUGUAUGUAUGUAAGAAAAUAAGUUGAAAAUAAUUAUAUGGAUUUAUGUUUAAGGAAA